AUGGCUACACGUAUGUCCAAUGACGGUAGUCCAUUCGAUUUUCACGCUACUCGGUCACCGGAGUAUCCAUUUAUGCGUGCCACACAGCAAAAGAAGAAGCAUCGGAAUCAGAAGACUCGCCAGCAACAUAAGAGGUCUCUACAAGCCGUCAAGUCAGCCACUCAGCUAGCCAUUCAGUCUAAUACUGAACAAGAGGAGAAGUCACUACAACAGGCAAAUGCGGAGAACACUGCGGAGAACACUGCGGAGAAACCAAGCGGCAGCAAGGCCCCCAUCUCCAAGAUCCCACGUCAUAUGCUCUCCACGGUUCCACGUCAAAUCACCACUCAGCAAGCGGAGAACACCCCUGCAACUUGGCCUAUCAUCUCCACAUGCCUAGGCAAUAUCAUAUUGUGGUACAUCACUGCAAUGACGACACAAGAGGAAGAUCUACUGCGUCGAUCACAGCCAAUUGGGCCACUGCAGGAGGAAGGUCAGGAGGAAGAUCGGAUAAUGCAUAUUUGGACGAAUUGA